AUGGACUCUGGAGACUGCAACGCUGCGGCCUCGGACAUCAUUCUUGAAUCCUCCCCGACCUUCGUCCAGGUUCAUCAGUCGUUCAUGUACAUGUUGACUGGGAAGGCUGGCCUCUUUUCCACGAUUCAUUUCAUCGGCCAAGCUGUUACGCCAGCCCUGAAGGAUGACCAGGGCGCCAUUGAUGAUCUUGGUGCGUUGCUCGUUGGUAUGGCUAAGCCGGUCGCUGCCGAAUUGCAAAAGGAACUCAAGACCAUCGAUAAUGUGCUCGACGCUGCCAUCAAGGCCUAUUCUGGUAUUCAGACGAGUUAA